AGAUUAGAACUCCGACGUGUGCCCUUACGUCUUCCUUGAACCUUCACGUGAGACUGUUGUCUUCUGCCUUUGCUUCUCCCCUCGUCUCGAACACCUGUUGUGCUUCCCCCGACGCCGCCGCCUCCUCCGCUUCAGAUCUCGCUAUGACUUUCUUUAGUCUUCUCGCCAUCCUCUCCCUUUCCCUCGUCGCCGCCGCCGCAGCGGAGCUCCGCCCCUCGCCGCUGCCUCCUCCUCCUCCCGGAGACGGGAGGAAAGCCCAACCGUGCUCGCCCUUAUCGUCGAUGCCGCACCACUUCCGUUACGAUUCCUCCCUCGGCUGCGGGAAUUCCUGCUUUCAAAUCAAGUGCUCCGGCAACAACUCCGCUCUCUCGAUCAACUCCGGCACCUUCCUCCUCCUCGGUCUCCACCGCAAUGCCUCCCUCCUUCUUUCUCUUCCUCUCCCGCCCUCCGACUCAUCCACUUGCCCCUCCCUCCCUAACACCUCCCUUGACUUCUCCGGAUCCCCCUUCCUCCCUUCACGGGACGUCUGCCGCCACCUCGCCGCUCUCGGCACUUGCGGUUCCGCACUCCCCUCCCAUUUCUCCUCUUCUCCCUGCCGCCGCUCCUCCUGGGAGACUCGACUCCUUUCGCACCCUGAACUCCUUUUUCGCGUCUGUCCCCGCGUGGCGCCUUCCAGAUCCCCCUCUCCUUCCGCUGCCAGAGCUAUCCACGCCGGCGAAGACGUCGCCUUUGCCAUCUCCGAAUUCCUUGCCCGAGGUUUCGUUGUCGAAUGGAACUCUUCCACUCACCCCCACCCUUAUUUGGCCAAAUGCUCCUCCUGCAACAGUUCGGCCACCGAAACCUGCGGUUUCAACGGCUCAGCUUCUGACAAGCCUUUCCUUUGUUUCCCCACCGCUGAAAAUCUCGGCCGCUCUGGCUCCCCCGCCUCCAGACGCUUGCUUCCGAUCACGGCUUUCCUCUUUUCCGUCGCGUGCGUCUUCCUACUCUUCAUUUCUUUAUGGGCAGCCACAGUCUCGUUCCGCCGCCGCUGUCGUUGGGGCGACCAUGGCUCCGAUCCCAUGACCGAUUUCCUACUGCGGCACCACAUCCAGCAGCCGAUCUACUCCUAUGAGCAGCUCCGUGCCUCCACCAACGGCUUCGACCCCCGCCGCAAGAUUGGCGACGGUGGGUUUGGAUCCGUUUACCUCGCCCACCUCAACGACGGCCGCGUCGCCGCCGUGAAGAGGCUUCACCGCCACCAUCCUCCCGCCGCGGCGACGAAGUCCUUCUGCAACGAAAUCCUCAUCCUCUCCUCUCUGCGCCACCCCAACCUCGUUCGCCUCCAUGGCUACUGCUGCGAUCCGCGCGGUCUUCUCCUGGUUUACGACUACGUUCCCAACGGGACCUUGGCCGACCACCUUCACUGCUCGCGCAGCCCCUACAGCAAGCCCCGCACACUCCCGUGGGCUGUCCGCCUCGACAUCGCCCUGCAGACUGCCGCCGCCAUCGAGUACCUCCACUUCUCUCUCAAGCCUCCCGUCGUCCACCGUGACAUCACCUCGACGAACAUCUUCGUGGAGAGGGACAUGAGGGUCAAAGUGGGGGACUUCGGCCUCUCCAGGCUUCUAACCCUUUCGGAACCCUCUUCGUCAUUGGGGCGACCCGCUGAGUACGUCUGCUGCACAGUGCCGCAGGGUACGCCGGGAUACCUCGACCCCGAGUAUCACCGGUCGUUUCGGCUCACUGAAAAGAGCGAUGUAUAUAGCUUCGGGGUGGUGCUACUGGAACUUGUAACAGGGUUGAAGGCAGUGGACGUGAGUCGGCACAGGAGCGAAAUGGCGCUGGUUGACAUGGUGGUGUCGAAGAUCCAUAUGGGGGCACUGCACCAAGUGGUGGAUCCGGUGCUGCUGGAGGAGGGGAAGGAGGUAAUGGCAAUGGCAGAGGCGGUAGUGGAGCUCGCAUUCAGGUGCGUUGCAGGUGACAAGGAUGACAGACCUGAUGCGAGGGAGUUGGUGGAGGAGCUCAAAAGAAUCCGCAGUAAGAUUGUUGAUCCUCCUAAAGCAACCUGAUCCUGAACAAUGUGACAAAUGUGUUGUCUUCUACACAUUUUCUCAUUGCAAUCUUAAACAAUAAACAUGCAGCAAAAUGGAGAUUGCUAUUAGGAGCUUGGAUUUAGCUGUUCUUUUCAUAGGAGCUUCAGCUUGCCCUUUGUUCCCUUACGAACAUAUGACUACUACUGAUCAGAUCUCAUAGUCAUGUUUUUGGAUGAUAAAGAAGAACAGUGCCUACUUAAUGUUGGAAUGGAGGUAGAUGCUGAUGACAAUUGGACAAUGACAAUGAGAUGCAAAUAGUGUGCUUUGCAAGAUAUGCACUGCAUUUCCAUCUGUUUACUGGCACACAACCGUAUUGACAUUACACAAUGUCUUGUCGACUCAUGGUUUAGCUGGUAUAAUUUUCUUGAGUCUAUCUUUAGUAUGAAAAUCUACACUAGACACUAGUACUGUAAGUUUGAAAGUUUCUUAUGAAAACAUAUUCUAGUCAACAUCUUCCGAUGAUAAUGGCUAAUUUAUGGGUUCCAAAGUAAACAAGGAACACUGUGUUCUUCAAAUAUAGCUACAAGGCCUAAACCCCAAACAGCAAAUUGGCAUAACUAAUGUUCAUGGCAUGGAGGUUAAUUUACAUCAUGAAAUGCAGUAAGUUUGAAAUGCAAAUCUGGUUUAGGUUUUCCUUUCUUAAUAUUCCAUUGCUCUUCUAAUGCUUAUCCAAUUCGACACUUCCAAUUUUGAACAUGGUUGAGAUAGAUCUUUGCCUUUGCUAUAUUUUGCAUAUGUAUGUGUUUUAAAGAAGCUACUGCUUGUCCAUGUAAUUGUUUACUUCUUUCUGUGUUUAGUUUGUAUGUCUUGCUUAUGUUUCUAUAUAUAUAAAGAAGGGCCACA